AAACACCCCGCCACAUCUCUCCUCCUCCAUCGAUCGACAGCCCUAAUCGCACAUCUCUUCUCCAUCGAUCCAAACUGUUUACAGAACCCUAAUCGAAGACCUCUCUCCUCCAUCGAUCGACAGCCCUCUUCUACAUCGCUCACGGCCCUCUUCUCCUCCAUCGAUCGACAGGUUCUUCUCCAUUGCUCACGACCCUCUUCUCCUCCAUCGAUCGAUAGGUUCUUCUCCAUUGCUCACGACCCUCUUCUCCUCCAUCGAUUGACAGGUUCUUCUCCAUCACUCACGGCCCUCUUCUCCUAAUCGUUUUUGUCUUAGGUUUGAUACCAUGCCUAUGAACUGGGUUCAACGCAAGAUCUUCCUUUACAAUGUCACUUUUGGACUGUACAUGUUGGACCCGUGGGAGCGCUAUUUGUUCAAUGCUUUGGUCAUGGUCUUGAUGUGGUUCAUAUUCUACAACGGGUAUCGGAACUUUAAUGAACUCUGCAAAAGGUAUUUAUGGUGAAGCUUGAGCCUAGAAUAAGAACACCACCCCGAGCUAUGAACGGCUUCAACUUCGUGGCUGCUCGUUUGAUGUGCGACUUUUUUCCGAUUGUUGUAGCUUGCAUCAUAUGUACAUUUUCACCUCUUUUUGGAAGUUUCUAAUUCAUCAACAAUAAUUAUACAUCAAAUCGUUUCUUUCUUCCCAGGAAAUUGUCACUUUUGCAUACCUUUAGUUAUGAGAAUUUGAGUAAUACAUUAUCUCUAAUUGGCUCCC